AUGUUGCUAUACAAGUUAUACGAUUUUGCGAGUGGGCUGCAGAAUCUGGACACCGUGUACCCUUACGACGUCCAAAUUAAUCCUCAACGGAGCCCUCAAGAGGGAGGAGGUCCUUGCGUCUUUACGUUCACUCCAAAGCUGUCAUCAGCCAUUACAUCAGUGUCGGCUGUCUUUGACUCCAUAGGAGAAAUUUCACUAAAAAUGUUGCCGGAAGAUGAUGAAUGUCAAUGCCUAGGCAAAAUACCAGCCUCAAAGGAACCGGGUUGGGUUACUAUCACACUUCGUGCCGUUCAGGGUCGAUACAAACCUGUUUUGGGAAGCACAAGAAUAUAUUAUGAAAGACCCCCUCGUGAAGAGUUUCUGGAAGAAAUUGUUUUCAACCUUGACAAACAGAAAGAGUUCUAUGAGACGUUCAUUCAUCGAAGAAGUGGAAACUCUGGAAACCGUGAAAGUGGAGACAGUGGUAAUAGAAAUAGUGGAGGUCGAAACAAACGAUGUGGAAAACAAAUCAGUGAGGCUUUUGGAUCCUCACAGCCAUCCCAUGCGUUGGAAAUCCUGAUUUAUACAGCAGCAAGAUAUGGUGCUAAGGAGUUCAUCGAAAUCAUCUUUAAUUCCUCUGCUGGAGGAGUGUUAUUUAAUUCUUACAAGGACAACGCUACUUUGCCAGAGUCUGUUGCGAGGGAUUUUGGCAACGACGAGAUUGUCAAUUACCUUGAAGAAAUAACAAAUAGGUUCUCUCGAGAGAUCCAGAAUGGCAAACAGUUUAGUCGGACGGUGGAUUGGUUAGAGCUCGUGAAAGCUACUGAGGAAGCCCAAACGAAGAUGAAUCAGGAUACUGACGAAAAACAUGCCAAUCAGCUGGAGGGUGGCUAUUCGGCGGAUGUUGAGUUAUCAUCCAGUGCAUCAUCUGACCAGGAGAACCCUGAUUACUAUGUUACAGUUCUUCCCUCAAUCGAAGACUUGGUAUAUAGUGAAAAUAAAAACGAGGAGGAAAGUGUCAUCUUAAAAGAAAACAAUGAAGAAACCAUAACGUCAUCCACAGCAAUGUCAAGGCGAACUAAAGAUAGUGAUAACGGCAAUGCUUAUGAGAGCCUAGAGGAUCUCGAAAGAGCCAUCCAGUAUCAUAAACGUCAUCUAAAAAUUGCCAAAGAAGUGGGAGACAAGGCUGGAGAGGGAAUCAGUUACUGCAAUCUUGGCAACGCUUAUCAUAGCCGAGGAGAUUUCGAAAGAGCCAUCCAGUAUCAUAAACGUCAUCUAAAAAUUGCCAAAGAAGUGGGAGACAAGGCUGGAGAGGGAAACAGUUACUGCAAUCUCGGCAAGGCUUAUGAUGGCCUAAGAGAUUUCGAAAGAGCCAUCCAGUAUCAUGAACGUCAUCUAAAAAUUGCCAAAGAAGUGGGAGACAAGGCUGGAGAGGGAAUCAGUUACUGCAAUCUCGGCAAGGCUUAUGAUGGCCUAAGAGAUUUCGAAAGAGCCAUCCAGUAUCAUGAACGUCAUCUAAAAAUUGCCAAAGAAGUGGGAGACAAGGCUGGAGAGGGAAACAGUUACUGCAAUCUCGGCAAGGCUUAUGAUGGCCUAAGAGAUUUCGAAAGAGCCUUCCAGUAUCAUGAACGUCAUCUAAAAAUUGCCAAAGAAGUGGGAGACAAGGCUGGAGAGGGAAUCAGUUACUGCAAUCUCGGCAAGGCUUAUGAUGGCCUAAGAGAUUUCGAAAGAGCCAUCCAGUAUCAUGAACGUCAUCUAAAAAUUGCCAAAGAAGUGGGAGACAAGGCUGGAGAGGGAAUCAGUUACUGCAAUCUCGGCAAUGCUUAUCAUAGCCUAGGAGAUUUCGAAAGAGCCAUCCAGUAUCAUGAACGUCAUCUAAAAAUUGCCAAAGAAGUGGGAGACAAGGCUGGAGAGGGAAUCAGUUACUGCAAUCUUGGCAAGGCUUAUGAUGGCCUAAGAGAUUUCGAAAGAGCCUUCCAGUAUCAUGAACGUCAUCUAAAAAUUGCCAAAGAAGUGGGAGACAAGGCUGGAGAGGGAAACAGUUACUGCAAUCUCGGCAAUGCUUAUCAUAGCCUCGGAGAUUUCGAAAGAGCCAUCCAGUAUCAUGAACGUCAUCUAAAAAUUGCCAAAGAAGUGGGAGACAAGGCUGGAGAGGGAAUCAGUUACUGCAAUCUCGGCAAUGCUUAUGAUGGCCUAAGAGAUUUCGAAAGAGCCAUCCAGUAUCAUGAACGUCAUCUAAAAAUUGCCAAAGAAGUGGGAGACAAGGCUGGAGAGGGAAUCAGUUACUGCAAUCUCGGCAAUGCUUGUCAUAGCCUCGGAGAUUUCGAAAGAGCCAUCCAGUAUCAUGAACGUUAUCUAAAAAUUGCCAAAGAAGUGGGAGACAAGGCUGGAGAGGGAAUCAGUUACUGCAAUCUCGGCAAGGCUUAUGAUGGCCUAAGAGAUUUCGAAAGAGCCUUCCAGUAUCAUGAACGUCAUCUAAAAAUUGCCAAAGAAGUGGGAGACAAGGCUGGAGAGGGAAUCAGUUACUGCAAUCUCGGCAAGGCUUAUCAUAGCCUCGAAGAUUUCGAAAGAGCCAUCCAGUAUCAUGAACGUUAUCUAAAAAUUGCCAAAGAAGUGGAAGACAAGGCUGGAGAGGGAAUCAGUUACGGCAAUCUCGGCAAGGCUUAUGAUGGCCUAAGAGAUUUCGAAAGAGCCUUCCAGUAUCAUGAACGUCAUCUAAAAAUUGCCAAAGAAGUGGGAGACAAGGCUGGAGAGGGAAUCAGUUACUGCAAUCUUGGCAAUGCUUAUCAUAGCCUAGGAGAUUUCGAAAGAGCCAUCCAGUAUCAUGAACGUCAUCUAAAAAUUGCCAAAGAAGUGGGAGACAAUGAUGGAGAGGGAAACAGUUACUGCAAUCUCGGCAAUGCUUAUCAUAGCCUCGGAGAUUUCGAAAGAGCCAUCCAGUAUCAUAAACGUCAUCUAAAAAUUGCCAAAGAAGUGGGAGACAAGGCUGGAGAGGGAAACAGUUACUGCAAUCUUGGCAAUGCUUAUCAUAGCCGAGGAGAUUUCGAAAGAGCCAUCCAGUAUCAUGAACGUCAUCUAAAAAUUGCCAAAGAAGUGGGAGACAAGGCUGGAGAGGGAAUCAGUUACUGCAAUCUCGGCAAUGCUUAUCAUAGCCUCGGAUAUUUCGAAAGAGCCAUCCAGUAUCAUGAACGUCAUCUAAAAAUUGCCAAAGAAGUGGGAGACAAGGCUGGAGAGGGAAACAGUUACUGCAAUCUCGGCAAUGCUUAUGAUAGCCUAAGAGAUUUCGAAAGAGCCAUCCAUUAUCAUGAACGUCAUCUAAAAUUUGUCAGAGAAGAGGGAGACAAGGCUGGAGAGGGAAACAGUUACUGCAAUCUCGGCAAUGCUUAUGAUAGCCUAAGAGAUUUCGAAAGAGCCAUCCAUUAUCAUGAACGUCAUCUAAAAAUUGCCAAAGAAGUGGGAGACAAGGUUGGAGAGGGAAACAGUUACUGCAAUCUCGGCAAUGCUUAUGAUAGCCGAGGAGAUUUCAGAAGAGCCAUCCAGUAUCAUGAACGUCAUCUAAAAAUUGCCAAAGAAGUGGGAGACAAGGCUGGAGAGGGAAACAGUUACUGCAAUCUCGGCAAUGCUUAUGAUAGCCUAGGAGAUUUCGAAAGAGCUGUCAACCUGUAUCGUUUUUGUGUGGUAAUGUGUGACGCUAUCCGAGCCAAUCUGCGGUUCAGAGAUGAUUGGAAGAUUAGCUUCCGCGACAUGCAGAGAAAGGCAUAUAUUUGUUUGUGGCGUCUUCUUAUAAAACAAAAUCAAAUUUUGGAUGCGCUACUAUCUGCUGAACAGCGACGCGCACAGGCUCUUAAUGAUCUCAUUUGUUUUAGGUAUGGGUUGGAAGAAAUACAGCCUCGGCCUCACACUCAAGGGGAUUCUGAUUUUGAGGUCCUUCAAAGCGGCGCUGUUUCAAAUACAGUUUUUAUGGCUGUGGAUAACAAGGAACGCAAGAUAUUCCACUGGUUUAUGAACAGCUUCCAAGACAUUAAAUUGAGAAGUAUUGAAAUAAGUAAUUAUGGCUCGUUCGAAGACGUCGAUACCUUUAUUGGACGCUUAAUGAACACAGCAUCAAGAGAGUUUAAAAGAGGUGUUAUUAAAUGCGAAGAUAGCUCUCUUGAUGAGCCCUGCACUGAAGAAUUGGUGAAGAAAAGGUCAGGUCAUGCUUAUUUCUUUCCUGAAUGCUCCCCGACAGCUGCUUUACGGAUCUUGUAUGACGUUAUCAUUGAGCCGAUUGGUGAUCUCAUCAAUGGCAAUGAACUUAUCUUUGUUCCCGAGAGUUCAUUGUGGUCAGUCCCUUUUGCUGCAUUAAUGGAUUCCGAGUCAAAUUAUUUGUGCGACUCUUUCCGAGUUCGGACGAUUCCAUCCUUGACAACAUUGAAGUUGAUAAACGAUUGCUCAGACGACUUCCACAAUAAGAAAAGUGCUUUACUAGUGGGUGAUCCAUGUUUGGAGGGGGUUAUUUUCGAGGAGAGGAAGCUCGAUCCAUUGCCACGUGCGAGAGAAGAAGUAGUGAUCAUCGGGAGAAUCCUUGGCGCUGAUCCGCUUAUUGGUGAAGAAGCAAAAAAAGAUGAAGUUUUGAGGCGACUUCCCUCUGUGGCCUUGGUGCACUUUGCUGCACAUGGCCGAAUGGAAACAGGCGAAAUUGCCUUAGCGCCACGAAGUACUUGCUCAUCACAGCCCUUUGUUGAGGAGGAUUUUAUUCUAACAAUGAAAGAUGUGCUGGAUAUCCGGAUACGAGCAAGGCUGGUUGUGUUAAGUUGUUGUCACAGUGGUCGUGGGGAGAUUAAGGCUGAGGGAGUUGUUGGAAUUGCAAGAGCGUUUUUGGGUGCUGGUGCUCGCUCUGUUCUCGUGUCGCUGUGGGCGAUCGAUGACGAGGCUACUCUUGUGUUUAUGAAACAUUUCUAUGAAGAAUUGGUUACUGGGAAGCGUGCAAGUGAAGCUCUUAACCAAGCUAUGAAGAGUAUGAAAGAGUCUGAAGAGUUCAGCGAUGUGAAGUACUGGGCACCCUUUGUACUCAUUGGGGAUGACGUCACACUGGAAUUAAAUUGA